AUGCCUUCGAUAACAUCAAUGAGCCUGUGUGGUGUGUUUUUUAUUUUAGGUGCCGCCUGGGCCUCCUCUGAUGAAACACGUCUGGUCAAAACCCUCUUCACUGGCUACAAUAAGGUCGUCCGUCCUGUCAAUCACUUCAAGGACUCGGUGGUUGUUACUGUGGGCCUUCAGCUCAUCCAGCUCAUCAGUGUGGAUGAGGUCAACCAGAUCGUCAGCAGCAACGUGCGACUGAAACAGCAAUGGAAAGAUGUGAAUUUGCAGUGGAACCCAGAGGAUUACAGUGGCAUCAAAAAGAUCAGAGUUCCCUCUACUGACAUUUGGCGGCCUGAUCUGGUUCUCUACAACAAUGCUGAUGGAGACUUUGCCAUCGUUCAUGAGACCAAAGUGCUGCUGGAGUACACAGGAAUGAUCACAUGGAACCCACCUGCCAUCUUCAAGAGCUACUGUGAAAUCAUUGUGCUGCAUUUCCCCUUUGACCUCCAGAACUGCAGUAUGAAGCUGGGUACCUGGACCUACGAUGGAAACUUGGUCGUUGUCAAUCCUGACAGUGACCGCCCUGAUCUGAGUAACUUUAUGGAAAGUGGAGAGUGGGUGAUGAAGGAUUUCCGCGGCUGGAAGCACUGGGUGUACUACGCUUGCUGCCCAGACACACCUUACCUGGACAUCACCUACCACUUCCUCAUGCUGCGGCUCCCACUGUACUUCAUCGUCAACGUCAUCAUCCCCUGCAUGCUCUUCUCCUUCUUGACUGGCCUUGUCUUCUAUCUUCCUACAGACUCUGGUGAAAAGAUGACUCUAAGCAUCUCUGUCUUACUGUCUCUGACUGUGUUCCUGCUGGUCAUUGUGGAGCUGAUCCCCUCUACCUCCAGCGCUGUACCACUCAUUGGGAAGUACAUGCUCUUCACCAUGGUCUUCGUCAUUGCCUCCAUCAUCAUCACUGUCAUUGUCAUCAACACCCACCACCGCUCCCCGAGCACUCACACAAUGCCGGACUGGGUUCGCAAGGUUUUUAUUGAAACCAUUCCCAACAUCAUGUUCUUCUCAACAAUGAAACGCCCAGGGAAGGAAAAUAAGAUUAAAUCUAGUAUCUAUGGUGCUGAUUUUGAUAUCUCAGACAUCUCUGGCAACCAGACCUCUUCUGUUCACUACCAGUCACCCAUCACCAAGAACCCUGAUGUCCGCAGUGCCAUUGAAGGAGUCAAGUACAUCGCAGAAACCAUGAAAUCAGAUGAGGAAUCCAACAAUGCUGCUGAAGAGUGGAAGUUUGUGGCCAUGGUGUUGGAUCAUAUUCUGCUGUGUGUGUUCAUGGCUGUCUGUCUCAUCGGCACGUUAGGUGUGUUUGCAGGCCGUCUAAUUGAGUUGAGCAUGCUCUAAGGGCAGACACCUUAUGUUUUGCCGGUUUUACUUCUCAGAUGACACGUUUGUUGCUCAAUGUGAAAUGUAUGACCUUUACUUUUGAAGCUGUAGGCUACAGUGCCUUCAGUUGCCUUGCAGCAUUCACAGUGUAUAUUACCUGUCUCUGUUUACUCUUUGGUGUUUUGGUCCUAUUUGUGUAAAGGAUCACGUUGUAUACAGUAGUACAGUAUAUCUUCAGUAUAUUUUAUGACAUAGCAGUGUUGCUUUUCUUUAUUUAGGGAAUAUAUGUGUGCAAUUUAAAUGUUGAAUUCAUUCAAAAGAAAACGUUGGAUUAUUUUCCUUGACAUGUUUAUAGGGAACAACUAAAUAAAAGGGGUUUUGUCCGUUUUUCAGGGUGAUUGAAGUGCA